AAAGGAAGGCCAAAACUAGAAGAAACAUCACAUAUUUGAGGAUGAUGAAGAAGCCUCAUGUAGCCUGCAUCCCAUAUCCAGCUCAGGGUCACAUAAGUCCCAUGAUAAAGCUAGCAAAAAUUCUUCAUCUCAGAGGAUUUCAUGUAACCUUCGUGAAUACAGAAUUCAAUCACCAGCGGUUGCUCAAUUCAAGAGGACCAGAUUCACUUAGAGGCUUGCCAGAUUUUCAUUUCGAAACAAUCCCCGAUGGUCUUCCACCACCAACCGAUCUAAAUGCCACCCAAGACAUUGUAUCACUCUGCAUAUCCACACAAAAUACUUGUUUGGAACCUUUUCGGAACCUUGUCUACAAACUCAACAACACUUCAUUGUCGAACGUCCCUCCUGUGACCUGCAUAGUUUCUGACGCAUGCAUGAACUUCACUCUCCAAGUAGCAAAAGAGCUGGAAAUCCCAGGAUUUUUGUUUUGGACUUUUAGCUUCUGUAGCUUCGCUUGUUUCAUGCAUUAUCCUCAUCUCAUUGAAAGAGGUCUUGUUCCACUCAAAGAUGAAAGUUGUUUCACAAAUGGGUUUAUGGACACCCAAAUUGACUGGAUACCUGGAAUUAAGAAUAUCUUGUUUAGAGAUCUUCCUACUUUUGUUCGAACAACGGAUCCUAAUGAUCCUAUAUUGAACUUUGCUUUAAAAGUAGUUGCCGGAACUUAUGAAGCUACGGCAUUGGUUUUCAAUACUUUUGAUGAGUUAGAUGUGGAGUUAUUGGAUGCAUUCAAGUCACAGUUAUCACUGCCUCCAAUUUACACCAUUGGUCCUAUUCACAAUCUCCACAAUCAGAUUCCAAAUCAUCAAUUGCAGUCUAUCGGAUCAAAUCUAUGGAAAGAAGAAACCAAAUGUCUAGAAUGGCUGGAGUCCAAGAAACCUGAUUCAGUCUUGUACGUAAAUUUUGGCAGCAUAGCUGUUAUGACUGCUCAACAACUGGUAGAAUUUGCUUGGGGGCUGGCUAAUACUAAACACACUUUCUUAUGGAUCAUCCGACCCGAUCUGGUAGUUGGUGAGUCAGCAAUGCUCCCCCCUGAGUUCAUAGAAGAAACCAAAGAAAGAGAUCAACAAACAAAUUGCAGCUACUUAUGUAACCAUUGGGGAGUUGGAAUGGAGAUUGAUAAUAAGGUGAAGAGAAAUGAAGUUGAAAAGCUAGUGAGAGAGUUAAUGGAAGGAGAAAUCGGGAAUGGGAUGAAGAGCAAAGCCAUGGAGUGGAAGAAGAAAGCCGAAGUGGCCACAUCACCCGGUGGCUCUUCUUACACUAAUACUGACGAGAUAAUUAACAAACUACUCUGGGAGUGUAAAAUCACUGCCGAGUGAAUAAUGUUAAGUUCUUAGCUACCAGUACUAGACCCGUCCUCGGUCCUUUGUUAAGCUACUUGCAAAAUUUCAUUCCAAUAAAAGCAAUCAUGUACAUGCGUC